ACUUUUGUCCGUUUUCAGAGGAACGGUGACAAUGAAGGACCGGAAAUGUCAAGGGUGACAUUUAUCGCUGGGAAAAAGUCAUGUGUUAGCUGGCGUUUUGCUACAACAUUUCUUUAAAGUGUAUUAUUAAUAGUUUUCAUUUAAUAUAUUAGUUAUUGAAAUAAGAAGCAGGAUGGCGACGUGGGGAUGUAGGUUUCUUCUUCGUCGCGGAACUCAACUCGUUUCUUCUCGGACAGCAGCUGAAAGUCCUGCCCAUCUGGCGGGCUGCAUCAGGACAGUAAAGACCACCACCUGGUUCGAAGAACACCUCACAGAAGACAACCAGAAGUUCAUGAGGAACAUCAUGGCAGAGGAAUACCGACAACAGACAGCUGAAAGGUUCAGCCCUCUCAAAGACGAGCCCUGGCCGAGACACGAGUGGACACAGGGAAGUCGACGAGUUGGGUUAAUUGCCGUCAAGUUGGGCAUGGCUCCAAUCUGGACUAAAACGGGAGAAAAGCACGCAGUCACACUGUUGCAGGUGCAAGACUGCCACGUAAUAAAGUGUCUGUCUAAAGAAGAGUUUGAUGGACGCACGGCUGCACUUGUGAUAGGAGGGAAGAACGUGUCACCGUUCCAUAAGUCUGAGAAGAUGAUGGAGGAGUUCAGGAAUGCAGGAGUGCCCGCCAAACAGAAACUGUCCUACUUUAAAGUCUCCGACAACGCCCUCCUCAAACCAGGCACUCCUCUGUAUGCAGCACAUUUCCGUCCUGGCCAGUUUGUAGACGUCACGGCCAAAACCAUCGGUAAGGGUUUCCAAGGUGUCAUGAAGCGAUGGGGAUUCAAAGGUCAGCCAGCCAGUCACGGUCAAACCAAAACUCACCGGAGACCGGGAGCUUCUGGACCAGGAGGGGAUCCAGCCAAAGUCUUCAAAGGGAAGAAGAUGCCCGGCAGAAUGGGCAACACCUACGUGACGGCACACGGGCUGAAGAUAUGGAGGGUGAACACCAAAUACAACGUGCUGUACGUGCACGGCUCUGUCCCCGGUCACAGGAACUGCGUCUUGAAGGUAAGAGACACCAAACUGCCAACCAGGAGCUCCUCACUGCUCAAUCCUCCUUUCCCCACUUACUUCACCGAAGAGGAGGGCGACCUGGAGGACGACUUGUACGAUGAUGACUUGUUCGUUCACACUGACCCGUCAAUUACGCUGACCUGAAAUCAGUCAUUUUUAGAGUUAAAUCUGUUCCUGGAUGCUUCAAUAAAGAAUCAUUCCUAA